UCUCGUCCCAGCGCAGCACCUCAGCACCUAGCCCACCCGUUCCCCACCCAUCCUCGCUCCACUCACUCCCUUUGCCACUGCGCUCCUCGCCAGACGCGCAGGAAAGCCAGCCCCCCUGACGCUGGGUGGGCUGCGCACGGCUGGCUGACCCAGUCUUCAAAAGGUGCGAGCUGCCUGCACCUCACCAGCUGCGCCUGACAUCUCCUACCCAGGAGAUGGGUGCUGCAGCUUGAGGUCCUGAAUCUCUGGAGUCACCACCUGUGAACGCCUUUCAACAUCCUCUGAGUAUUCCAGGUUUUAGAUCUACUUCAAAAACCAAAAAUGAAGUUCACAAUUACACGUUGGUGCUUGACUCUAUUCAUCUUUCUAAAUCACCCAACCCCAAUUCUUCCUUACUCUGAAAAUGACACCGUUACUCCUACAAUGGAACCUGAGAUGUUUCUCUAUAUUCUGGGACGACAGAAGAUGAUGGAUGCACAGUACAAAUGUUAUGACCGAAUGGAACAGUUGCCCCCAUACCAAGGAGACGGUCCAUUCUGCAACCGUACCUGGGAUGGAUGGACAUGCUGGGAUGACACACCAGCAGGAGUGCUGGCCUUUCAACACUGCCCAGAUUACUUUCCAGACUUUGAUCCAACAGAAACAGUUACAAAAUACUGUGAUGAAAAUGGGGAUUGGUAUAAGCAUCCGGAGAAUAAUCGAACCUGGUCCAACUACAGUAUGUGCAAUGCUUUUACUCCUGAGAAGCUGCAGAAUGCAUACAAUCUGUACUACUUGGCUAUUGUGGGUCAUUCUAUGUCAAUAUUCACAUUAGUGAUUUCGCUGGCAAUUUUCGUGAUUUUCAAGAACCUUAGUUGCCAAAGAGUGACUCUGCACAAGAACAUGUUUCUAACCUACAUUCUGAAUUCCAUGAUUAUUAUCAUCCACCUCGUCGAAGUAGUACCUAAUGGAGAACUUGUGAGAAAGGAUCCGUUGAGCUGCAAAAUUCUGCACUUUUUCCACCAGUACAUGAUGUCUUGCAACUAUUUCUGGAUGCUCUGUGAAGGGAUCUAUCUUCACACACUGAUUGUGGUGGCUGUGUUCACUGAUAAACAAUACAUGCGGUGGUAUUAUCUCCUGGGCUGGGGGUUCCCAUUGGUGCCAACCACUAUUCAUGCUGUUACUCGGGCACUGUACUUCAAUGACAACUGCUGGCUGAGUGUGGAAACACAUUUGCUUUACAUUAUUCAUGGCCCGGUCAUGGCAGCAUUGGUGGUCAACUUCUUCUUUUUGCUCAAUAUUGUCCGGGUGCUCGUGAACAAACUGAGACGAGCCCAGGAGCCGGAGUCGCACAUGUACCUGAAGGCCGUGAGGGCCACUCUGAUCCUGGUGCCCCUGCUGGGAGUCCAGUUUGUUGUCUUUCCCUGGAGACCUUCUGACAAGAUCCUUGGGGUCAUUUACGACUACGUGAUGCACUCUCUCAUCCACUUCCAGGGAUUCUUCGUGGCGAUAAUUUACUGUUUCUACAACAACGAGGUCCAAACCACCUUGAAGCGCCAAUGGGCCAAAUUCCAAGCCCAAUGGGGCUAUCUCUGGGGAAGCAACACCCCUAGGCGCUUCCCUGCCCGCACUGCAGCCUCGACUGCAGCCCGAGCUGCAGCCACCGCUGCUGCAGAGGGCGUGGAUAUCCCUGUUUACAUCUGCCACCAUGAGCCGAAGGGCCAGCCCAUCGACCUAGGCGAAGCGGCCGAAGCCAUGGCGAUGCAAGUCAUUGAGCAAGAGUCCUCUGCUUGAAUGUGAGAGCAAUUACACAUUGUGAUCACUGAGCCGUCAUUUCCUGGAAGAAGACCGUCCAUGCGUUUAAAGUAACCCCAAUCCUUCCAGGAGCCGAACAUACCAUUUGUGAAGAAUUAUUACGAAAAUUUGUCCAUAGUGAAUCUGAGGAAAGAUAUAUUUGGUACUAUUGCUGUGGGAGAUAGUCUAGGAAUGGAGUCUCCCACUGCCACACUUGUGAACUCCAUCUUUCAUCCAGUACUGAAACGCUGAUGUCAUAGAAAUGCAAGCUAAGUGUCCAAGAAAAACACAAUUAAAUUAAUUUAGUUCAAAUACAGGGUGCUCCUUGUUAAUCUUGAGCCAUUUUUACCUUUGAAAAAUUAAAAUUGCUGUCAAUAUUUUUUUUUAACUCUAGAAUUUGAAUUAGGGUUUUUCUGUAUUGGGCUAUGCAUCUGAUUUCUAAUUUUUUUUAAUCGUAAAAUUCUGAUGCUAACAGAUGUUUUACCAUCCAAACAACAUAAGUGAAUUACAUGACCUCUGCAAGAAAAAUUAGCUUUCUUAUAUAGAAAUGAUUAAGUAGGUAGAAGAAGUGAACUGCCUUUGGCAGAAAGAUGUAAUUUCUUUGAAUGAAAAAGAUGAUUUGCUUUGAAAUAUUAGUUGGACCAAUUUAGUCUUUGUUUAUUAAUGUGUGUUUGACUGGGCUGUGAAUAAUCCUGUUCACUGGGCAGGUCCUAAGUGAUCUAAGGAAUUUGUUCAUGUUGAAAGUGCUUUGGUCACUGACAUGUAUUAGUUUGGAGGUCACAAAGAACUCAUCACUAAAUUUUUCACAAAACUGCCAAAAAUACAAUUCCUAAAGGAGAAUACUCUUCAAGAGAGUUUUCUACUUUCCAAAGCUCCAGGAUUUAUAAAACAAAUCACUCCAAGGUUUAUAAAGCAGAUUACCUCUUGCCCUUGGGUGCUAUCUAACAGUAAAAGAUAAAUUUGUUUAAGACAGGUAAUUAAAAGACUCCAUAUAAGUCCAUUAACUGCUUUUCACCUAGCUUCUAAGCUUAAUAAGAACUUAGUCUUUUCCAGGAAUAUUCUGUAGAGCUAAUUAGAAAUCGUUUCUAGUUGACCUCUUGUUUGCUGCUAUUAGCAAAAUAGGGGAUAAGAUAUAUAUAUUUAACUGCUCCGAGUUUGACCAUAUAUCAAUUUACUUAAAAGAGUUCCUCAUUAAAAUUAAAUUUAAUAUUCCCACAUCUUUCUUUACUUAUAUAGUAUAAAAUAUUUUUUUAAAUCCCUGAAUAAACCAGUACCAUUAUUGGCACCUGAAGUUAAUUUGUGGAUUUGCAACAGAAAUCACUUAACAUUAUUUAAUUUGUAUGCUAAAUGAGAAGGUACAGUGAAACUCUCCAAAUCUCCAGUCUCAUCUAUGUCACAUUGUACCCCUGCCUUUCAUAAGUGAUUUAGUUUGAGAAAGAAAAAUAAGUGAUUUGUUAUGGUUACAUAUUUAGUGCACCCAAAGAAAAUUAUAUUUGUUCAGAGAAAAAUGCAUUUUGGAUACUAAAGUAGUUUAAGUCUCCUAUACUGAAUGUAAGGAAAGUUUUGAAACGAAGGUAUUUUUCCAACCACAGUGUUUAUGUAGUGCUGUUUCUAUUUUUGUUUACAAACAUGGAAAACAGAGUAUUCUGGGCAGUUCUAGUACAAAUGUGAUAAUAUACUGCCGAAAUAUUUUAGAUGUUAUUGUGCUAAUAUAGUAGGGGCUGAAAUAAAAUGGCUUGCUAUAGAAUUGCAAAUAGUACUAAAAUUAUGUGAAAUGCUUAUGCUAUAUAUGUAUAAAUUAAUACAGAGUAUGUUAUGAGCAAAAAGAUGUAUAUUUGUGUAUUUUUUUAAAUAUACUUUCCAUCUUUUCAUCCAUUCA